UUGUUGUUGAUUUUGGUAGCGCGUGGGUUCCCGCUGCGUAUUUUCAGAAAAUUGUUCAAAAAUCUUCCGAAAAUGAGCCAAAAACCCCAAAAAACGAUACAGUUCCACGAACUGGAGCUGGACCAGCGCAUCCUCAAGGCGGUGGCCCAGCUGGGUUGGCAGCACCCCACGCUCAUCCAGUCGACGGCGAUUCCCUUGCUCCUAGAAGGCAAAGAUGUGGUGGUGCGUGCCCGCACUGGAUCCGGAAAAACAGCGACGUACGCCCUGCCGCUAAUCCAAAAGAUUCUGAACUCCAAGCUCAAUGCCAGCGAACAGUGUGUGAGCGCUGUGGUCCUGUGUCCCACCAAAGAACUGUGCCGGCAGUCGCGUGCCGUGAUCGAACAGCUGGUUGAGUCGUGCGGCAAGGUUGUUCGUGUGGCAGAUAUUGCCGGCAGCUCUAGCGAUGCGGUGACACAGCGGCAUGCGUUGGCCGAGAGACCCGACAUCGUGGUGGCUACACCCGCCAAGUUGCUGGCCCAUGCCGAGGCCGGUAGUGGCGUGGUGGAUCUAAAGCAUGUGGAGACACUGGUGGUGGAUGAGGCAGAUCUAGUAUUUGCCUUCGGCUAUGAGAAGGACUUCAAGCGGCUGAUCAAGCAUUUCCCUCCUAUCUAUCAGGCUAUCCUUGUCUCUGCCACGCUCACCGACGACGUAGUCCGGAUGAAGGGUCUGUGCCUCCACAAUCCCGUGACGCUAAAGCUCGAGGAGCCGGAGUUGGUGCCGCAGGAUCAGCUAACGCACCAGCGGAUCCUAGCCGAAGAAAACGACAAGCCGGCGAUUUUGUAUGCCCUGCUAAAGCUACGACUUAUACGAGGCAAAAGCAUCAUCUUUGUGAACAACAUCGAUCGCUGUUACAAGGUUCGCUUGUUCUUGGAACAGUUUGGCAUCCGUUCUUGCGUUCUGAACUCUGAACUGCCAGCCAACAUACGCAUUCACACAAUUAGUCAGUUCAAUAAGGGCACCUACGACAUCAUCAUCGCCGCUGACGAACACUUUCUCGAACAGCCGGGCGGCAAGACCUCAGCUCCAUCUAGUCGGAAAUACUCUCGCACCGGUGACUACGAGUCCAGUGCCUCGCGUGGCAUUGAUUUUCAGUGCGUGAACAAUGUGAUCAACUUUGAUUUUCCGCGCGAUGUCACCUCAUAUAUCCAUCGGGCUGGCAGGACGGCCAGAGGGAACAACAAGGGAUCGGUUCUGUCCUUUGUCAGCAUUAAGGAGGCGCCAGUUAACAAUGCCGUGGAGGAGAAGCUGUGCUCCAGCUUUGCCACCCAGGAGGGCGAGCAGGUUAUCAAAAAUUAUCAGUUUAAGCUGGAAGAGGUUGAGUCCUUUCGCUACCGUGCCCAAGAUUGUUGGCGUGCUGCCACACGUGUCGCCGUCCACGACACUCGCAUUCGCGAAAUCAAAACAGAGAUCCUAAAUUGCGAAAAGCUAAAGGCCUUCUUCGAGGAGAACAAGAGAGAUCUGCAGGCUCUGAGACACGACAAGCCCACGCGCUCCAUAAAGGUGCACAGUCACUUGACCGAUAUGCCCGAGUACAUUGUGCCCAAGGCGUUGAAGCGAGUGGUUAGGUCCACGGCCACAGCCAGCGGAGGAGCUUCGGCAACCAAACAGCAAAGACAGUCACCUGCCACGACAGCCUUCGAGCGGCAAAGCAACGAUCCGCUGAUGGUCAGCCAAGUGGAUUUUGGCAAGAGGCGACCGGCCCCGCGGAGGCGAAAAAACAAGGCGUUUUGAUGGAAUCACCGUUUUUUGGGGGGCUGGGGUCAAUCUUAGUCUAUAUAUAGUCUAGCCUUAAGGCUUUAUUCAAAGCUUUUGGAACUAUUUGUAUGUGAGUGUGUGCUUUGAGAAAUACAAAUACCGAUUUUAAUGCACAA